CAAAAUCUUCGUUUCCAAGCCACUUCUCUCUGUCUCCCUUGGCUUCAAUUCGCACCGAACAAUCACUGUGUCCUCUGGUCUCCAAACAUUCCAGAUCCAGAGAGUUAAUCUUAUUCGUCUUUGCAUUGCCAUUGUGAUUGAUUGUGUCGGCGAGUUGAUUGAAGAGAGAGAAGCUCACAGUAUAGAGAGAUUCGUGAAUGGGGGCUGUGCCUUCAACGCCGCGGUGGAGUGGUGCCACGCGGCCACAAGACACGGCGGAGUACCUAAUCGCAACGUACGUCGGUGAGAAAUCGUUCCCUCUCGGCUCCGAUUACUGGCAGAAAUUGCUUGAGCUUCCCCUCAAUCUUCAUUGGCCCUCUCACCAUGUUCGCCAAGCUUGCGAGCUCUUUGCACAAAACAAUUGUUACACAAGGCACCUUGCAAAGAUUCUAAUUCACUUAGCAUGGAGUUUGCGGGAGUGUGUUUCUACUUCCAGCGUGCCAUCCUCAGCUUUUGCGAAGGCUCUUAAUGCAUUAUUUGUCUCAUCUAUAUUCUUGAAGUACUUGCUUGAAAAUGCCAAAAGUGACACCACUGUGGAGUUAUACUUGUCCCUGGAUGAGAGAGAGACAAUGCCGAAUAAUUUCUCAGGAGGUGAUUCACUUGCAUCAAUGUACUUAGUAAUUUUUUUGUUUCAUGAGGUCAUUCUCAAUUUUCUACUAGCGUUUCUUUCCUUGAUUGGGCUAAACAACAUAGUUGGCUUAUGA